UAGAUGAUGGUUGAUCUAUGAACUGGAUGAAUCUGAUGGUUCAUACAACAACCAUUCAAACACACCUAAGCUGUUGCCAUAGAUUACCCAUCCAAGGUUAGCAAGGUCUCUCACUUCCUUUACAUUGAAUUAUGGCAGUAAUAGAAGUAUACCACCCAGAGGACACGCCUCCUUCCAGCUAGGAAACUAUAAAUGCCACGGUGUUUUUACUCAAAUGGAGAAGAAUCCAGCAAAAUGGGGAUCUCCACAGUCAUCCUCGAAAUAUGUCUGUUGUUGGGUCAAGUUCUAUCUACAGCAAUACCAGCAGUGGGAGACUCCACGGAAACCACUUCCAGGGAGACACAGACGCCAACUGGCCCCUGGGACAGGACAAUCGGAGAUGUGAUAUUACCAGCAGGGACCGAAUCGGGUUUGGCCCUGAGGCUGGUGAACGGAGGUGACCGGUGUCAGGGCCGGGUGGAGGUCCUGUACCAAGGCUCGUGGGGCACCGUGUGCGAUGACUACUGGGACACCAACAAUGCCAACGUGGUGUGCCGGCAGCUGGGCUGUGGCUGGGCCACGUCGGCCCCGGGAAGUGCCCGCUUCGGUCAGGGCUCGGGGCCGAUUGUCCUGGACGACGUGCGCUGCUCAGGCCAGGAGUCCUACCUGUGGAGCUGCGCCCACAAUGGCUGGAACAGCCACAACUGUGGUCACCACGAGGAUGCCGGUGUCGUCUGCUCAGCUGCUCAGCCCCAGACCACAGCCCUGCCGAGAUAUAAUUCCUGCGGAGGCUUCCUGUCCCAACCUUCAGGGCACUUUUCCAGCCCAUCCUACCCUGGGAACUAUCCGAACAACGCCAAAUGUGUCUGGGACAUUAAAGUCCAAAACAACCACUACGUGACUGUCGUCUUCGGAGACGUCCAGCUGGAAGGCGGCUGUAACUACGAUUACAUUGAAGUGUUCGACGGCCCCCACCACAGUUCCCCUCUCAUUGCGCGGGUCUGUGAUGGGGGGUGGGGCUCCUUCAGUUCGUCCUCGAACUUCCUGUCCGUUCGCUUUGUCAGCGACGGCAGUGUCACAAAGAAAGGCUUCCAGGCCCACUACUACUCUCAUCCUUCCGAUGACAGCACUGAGCUGCUUUGUCUGCCGGAUCGCAUGCAAGCCAGCGUGAACACGAGCUACCUCCAGUCCCUGGGCUAUUCUGCCAGGGACCUUGUCAUUCCCAGCUCGGGUGGGAGCAGCCAGUGUCAGCCCCAGAUAACGUCGAGCCAGGUGACAUUCACAAUUCCGUACUCAGGCUGCGGCACCGUCAAGCAGGUAGAUAACGAUACCAUCACCUAUUCCAACGUCCUCAAAGCAGCUGUUUCAAGCGGCAUCAUCAAGAGGAAGAAGGACCUGCACAUUCACGUCAGCUGCAAGAUGCUCCGGGACACCUGGGUUAAGACGAUGUACAUCGCUAAUGACACCAUCGAGGUCACGGAAGUCCAGUAUAGCAACUUUCAUGUGAACAUUUUCUUUUAUACAUCCUCUUCAUUCUCCAAUCGUGUGACCAGCAGCCCGUACUAUGUGGACCUGGACCAGACUUUGUACCUUCAGGCUGAAAUCCUCCAUUCCGACACCUCCUUGGACUUGUUUGUGGACACCUGCGUGGCUUCGCCAUCUUCCAGUGACUUUACGUCUCUGACUUACGAUCUAAUCCGGAGCGGGUGUGUGAAGGACACGACCUAUCAAACUUUGCCCCGGCCGUCGCCCCGCGUCGCCCGCUUCAAGUUCAGCUCCUUCCACUUCCUGAACCGCUUCCCCUCCGUGUACCUGCGGUGCAGGAUGGUGGUGUGCAAGGCGGACGACAACUCCUCCCGCUGCCACAGGGGCUGUGUGGUGAGGUCCAAGAGGGACGCAGGCUCCUACCAGGAGAAGGUGGACGUCGUCCUGGGCCCCAUCCAGCUGCGGGCCCCGAGCGCCGAGUAGAGGAGCCUGGAUGGGCCGGUGGCUGACGUGGAGGAGCAAGCCAGCACCCAGGGGAGCUACCACAGCGUUGCCAUCUCUGCUGGGGUCUUCCUGGUUGUGGUCCUGGUUUUGGCAGCCUUCAUACUGGGGAGGAACACCCGCGCCACCAGUGGCCAGCCUCGGAUUCUAAGAUGUGAAGCCAGGAGAACACGCACAGCACUCAGUCAUUGACCCCAUAUACUUCGGUACCCACGACAAAGGAAGAAAUGAGUGCCCGGAGCUUGGCACCCAGCAGCACCCCACCUCUGUCCACUCUGGCCCAGGCACAUGGAGGGGUGGGUUGAGGUGGGGCAGAAAGAUGGGAGCAGGUUUCCCAGGAACACAGGUUCGGUGCUGAGACAAAAUGUCAGGCAAGCAGGAGCCGGUGUCUAAAAUCCUGCAUGCAGCCGUGAGCAGAACUUUCUCUGUAGUAGUAGCAGCCGAGCUUUCUCUGAUUGACUUGCUAUUCUGAUGUUUAUAAAUCAGCUUCUCAGGCCUGUAGUGUAGAUCUUAGCUUUUCCAUUUAUAGCACAAACUGAAUAAAGAGCUUUUUUUGAUGCAA